GGGGUUCCACGAUGGAAGGCAAGCCGCAUGCGAUGGGGCACACAUAAGGUAAGGUAGAUACAUUGUUGAAGGUGACGUCGAUGCUUGGUCUGAGCCUCUCACAUCUAGACGUUGAUCAGCUUCAGCUUCAACUUGCAUCUUCAAUUAUAGCUUCACCUUGACCAAAUCGUAGCUUUUCUUUGCCUUUUGCUAUCCUCGUUCAAACUUUAUACACAAUUCGAACAAUGAGCGCCAUUGCUUCAUACACCUAUGGUAACUUUCUCUGGUUGAGCACUCAAGCUCUUCCUCUUAUUGUCUGGCCCUCCUUUGUCGGGUCUCUUCUUCGACCUGACAAUGAGACAUGCACCAGUUAGGCUCUCCUACAGCUCCUCGCUAUCGUGUCGGCUGCCAACUAAAUCUCUAGCUUUGGAAACGUACUUUGCCCGCUCUUUAGGGCUUGCUCUUCUUGCGCUCAGCCUUACCGUAGUGGUUCUCUCAGGCGUUCUUCCUCUCGAUUCUCCUUCCAAAGAGGCCCCCGAAGGCGCACCGUCUCCCUAUGCUUCCGCUGCGGUCCUUAUAUCCACCCUCCACCACGCUUCGAGCGCCUUUUACUGCUACGGUCGCUAUUCCUGGACUGGAGAGAUGGGAUUCCUACUUGGCUGUGUAGGUAGUGCUGUCUUUGCGACCUUUGGAUUGUACUGUGUGUUGUUUGCUGGUGAUACAGCCAUGACAAGCCGGUACCACAAGUUUGACCAGAGCACAAGCGGAUUCCCUUUCAAGAACUCUCAGUCGUAUCGGGCCAAGAAGAAGGCUCUAUAAGAGGAUGCUACGUGGGCAUAAAUUUAUGUAUAAUGCUUCGAUUAAACCAUGAUUUAGUCAGCUGUAUUGGGAAUUCAGAACCCGUGUAUUGUAAGCUCCCAAUUUCCUCAUAACCCAACUCCAUCAACUCCCUUCCGUGAGAUAUUUUUGUGGUGCAAAUUUUUAUGGUGCAAAGUGUGCAGUUACAGGUAUAGCUGCCUUGCAUAAGGUAUCCGGCGAUUGGUGGGCGGAUUUUGUCGAUAUAUUAAGAUAUUCCCCUUCGUGAUAGAUCUCC